GUACUAAUGGUUAUUGACUUCUUGAUAGUUGUCUUGUUGCAAAAGAAAAGUUCAAUUUUAUCCCUUCUAAAACCCUAAACCUCGAUUACAGGCAACUCGCCCACUUCUAUCCCUCUCUCAUUUCUCUUUCUCUCACUGAAUCGCAGGCUCCAUCAGGGUUGAAAAAUGAAUUUCCAAAACGUUAAGGUUCCCAAGAUGCCUGGUGGUGGCGGCGGCGCUGCUGCUAAUUUGGUUAAGGUUGGAAUUCUUGGUGCUCUUGGCCUUGGCGCUUAUGGAGUCAGUCAUAGUAUGUACAAUGUUGAAGGUGGUCAUCGAGCUAUCGUCUUCAACCGCAUCUCUGGUAUCAAGGACAAGGUGUACCCUGAAGGAACACAUCUCAUGAUUCCAUGGCUCGAGAGACCAAUCAUUUAUGAUGUCCGUGCACGACCUCAUCUAGUAGAAAGUACAUCUGGAAGUCGUGAUCUUCAAAUGGUCAAGAUUGGCCUUCGAGUUCUUACUCGCCCUUUACCAGAAACCUUGCCAACAAUUUACCGUACACUUGGUGAAAAUUACAGUGAAAGAGUCUUGCCAUCCAUUGUCCAUGAAACCCUUAAAGCCGUGGUUGCCCAAUACAAUGCAAGUCAGCUUCUUACUCAACGUGAGGCUGUUAGUAGGGAGAUUCGAAAAGUAUUGACAGAAAGAGCUUCAAACUUCAACAUUGCUUUGGAUGAUGUGUCUAUCACCACUCUUAACUUUGGUAGAGAGUUCACUGCUGCAAUUGAGGCUAAACAGGUAGCUGCACAAGAUGCUGAAAGAGCCAAGUUUAUUGUGGAAAAGGCUGAGCAAGACAAGAAAAGUGCUAUCAUCAGAGCUCAGGGAGAAGCCAAGAGUGCUCAACUUAUUGGUCAAGCAAUUUCCAACAACCCGGCUUUUAUUACUCUGAGAAGAAUCGAAGCAGCCAGGGAAAUCGCCCAUGUAAUCUCUAAUUCAGCAAACAAGGUGAUGUUGAGUUCGGACGAUCUUCUCCUCAAUCUUGGUGAUAUGACACCAGAUGCACCUAUUGCAAAGAAGUAAAACACCGGGAAUUGAAAGUGGAAAGCUAAAGAAGUUUUAGAGUUGGAGGAACUUUCUGUAAAUGUCGGGCUUUGAUGACUAUACUAUCAGCUGGUUAUUGUUUUAUCAAACCUUUUGACUGUUUAAGUGACUUUGCUGCCUCAAAUGCUUCAAUGCUUUGACUAUAUGCACUCUCAGCUGGUUUUUGUUUAGCAGCAGGAUUUAAGUGACUUGCUUCAAUUGCUUCAUUUAUGGAAUAAGAAGCCACUCUUGAUGAAAAUUGAGGUUUUUUUUUAUUUUGCUGGUCAUGUAAUGGAUGUUGUUCAUGUUAAAGGUGAUGAUGAGCGAAUUAGAAAUCGCUUGUUAUAGAAUUGGUAGAAUUUUUCCUGGCUUUUUUUGCAACAUUGAACAGGGAUUUGUUUACGAAGAAAAUAAUUAUGGAAUUAUUGAUCACAA